CACUGCACACAUUAAUUUGCUCUAUAGAUAAUGCUUCUCUAUAGAUGAUGAUGCUGCCCAUUUGCUUGAGGCGAAGAGCACUUUUCUUGUCACUUUUCAGUGCAACAAGUGAAUUAUGGACGAGUCAGUCUCCAGCGUGAGAGAGGAGAGGGACGACUGCACCUGAACAAAACAAAGCGAAUGCCGCAUCAGUCUCUGGCUGUGCCAGCCGCGCUGUGGGAAUGGAUACAGGCAAUUUCCUGGCGGGGAUAUGCUUUUUCCUGCUGUCGCUAGAGGGGUUCAUCUCGUCUACACCGGCGCUGGACUUUUGUCCCGACCGCUGUGACUGUCAGCACUCGCAGCAUCUGAUGUGCACCAAUCGCGGUUUGCGCUCUGUGCCCAAACCCGCGGCGCGGGUGCCCGAGGAGGUGCUGAUCUUCAGCCUUGGGGGAAACUUUAUUGGAAACAUCUCUGCCUUUGACUUCACGCGGUACAGUAACCUUGUCAGGUUGAAUUUACAGUACAAUCAAAUACAGAGCGUUCACCCCAAAGCAUUUGAGAAACUGUCCAAGCUGGAAGAGCUCUAUUUGGGACAUAAUCUUUUAUCAACUAUUCCCGCUGGGACUUUACAACCCCUGAAGAAAUUAACUAUUCUCUAUGGCAAUAAUAAUGAUAUAAAGAAAAUAACACCGGGACUUUUUACCAACUUGGAUAACCUUGUUAAGCUGCGCCUGGAUGGCAACGCCAUAGAAGUUCUGCAGGACUCUGUUUUUAAAAGUUUGACCAGUCUACAUUAUCUCCAUCUGGAAUCCAACCAGCUGCAUCAUAUUCACAGAAACGCUUUUUCUAAACUCACCAACCUGCGCUUUCUAAAUCUGGCCCACAACAAGCAGUCAGUCGUGCGCAAUGUUCUCACUUUUUCCGAACUCAAAGCUUUGACAACUCUGCUGUUGUCUGAAAAUGAAAUUCAAUACGUCGCAAACCACGUCUUCCAAAAUCUGAAAAAACUGUCCAAACUGUCCCUCAGCAACAACAGGAUUUCUCGUCUGGACUACGGGGCUCUGAAGGGGCUGUCCAGUCUCAAGCAGUUUCUGAUUGACGGCAACGAACUGGAGGAAAUCCCCGCUGGCCUCCUCGACCCUCUGGAGCGCAUCGAGGAGCUGGACUUCAGUCGCAAUCGGAUUUCCAUAGUUGACUCUUUGGCUUUUGCGCAGCUCAAACAUCUGAGGGUGCUGAAGUUGAAGAACAACAUGCUCACCAGCUUGUCCGGGGACAUCUUUGCCCUCAAUAACGUGCUUUACGACCUGGACCUCCAUGGCAACAACUGGACAUGCGACUGUCGCCUGGAGGAACUGAAAAGAUGGAUGACUACUGCACAUUCUCAGGGUAAAUUGUUGACUGUUUUUGUGCAGUGUCAUCACCCGGCAACUCUGAGGGGAAAAUAUCUGGACUAUGUGAACAGCUCCCAGCUGCUGCCCCUAGGGAACUGGUCACAUUUGUGUAGGAGUCAAAGUGGGCCUGAGGAGAGCCGGGGAGGGCGUGUGUUGGUAAAGGUGGGGGGCAAUGAGAGAGGAGAGGCAGAUGCAAUACAACAAGAGGAGAGAGAUGGAGAAAGCCAGGUAGAGGAAGAAGGAGAGGUGAAAGAGACAGAAGGUGUCGAUUUGACACAGCGCAACAAGGAUGGGGUGAUGCUGAGGAAAGAAGCAGAGAAAAGGAAACGAGAGGGAGAGGAAGAGAUGGGAAUCCAGGGAGACCAAGGAGGCCCGGAAGUGGCAGAAUCCUCUCCUCCCCUGGAAAGAAAGAAACCAAAGAAGGAGUUACUCAGCCCAAGGUCACGACCUGCCACAGAGGCAGCUGGGAAACGUGCAAAAGGGAGACGAAGGUCGAAUGUCAUUUCCAGAACAGAUGCACCAGCCUUUUCCACACCAAGUUAUACUAGAAACCAGGAGGCAACCCCAACUAAUCCAAGCACAGGGUACACCACCACCUCUCCUAUCCUGUCAGCAGGAAAAUUUGAUCUUCUGAGGUCAAAUCAUGAGGAGGGUCUACCUGUAAUCAUGGAUCCAUGUGUGUUCAACCGCCACUUCAUCACUAAUGUGUCAGUGGAUCAGGUCACGUCCAGUACUGCCACAGUUUAUUGGACCACCAGGGAUCAUCACCGCUACACCCCAGGACCUGGGUCAGGCCUAGAUGAAGUCCAUUACCGGAUUCUGUUUGACCGAUUUGGGACACCAGACCGUUUCCCCCGCUAUGUUUAUGCCCGCGGGACCAUUCGCUCUGUGACCCUUCGAGAACUCAGCUCGGAUGUGACUUACAUGGUCUGCGUGGAAGGAGUGGUUGGUGGAUCUGUUUGUCAAGUCGCCCCCCGUGACCACUGUGCAGGAUUGGUCACUCUUCCUGAGGGGUUCGCUCGUGGAAACACGCUGACCUCUGACCUGCAGGUGGUGACUUUGGCGACACUGGCUGGGAAUGCCAUGCUACUGCUGGUCAUCGGUGGCGUCUGGCUGGGGCGCAGCCUGAAAAAGAGGUUGCAGAGGAGGAAGUCGGCCGUGCACGUGCGGCACAUGUACUCCACCAGGCGACCAUUUCGUCCCACCAUGGCGACCGCCUCGGUGUCCACUGACUUCACCAGCUACCAAAGCAGUCGUCCAGCACGACUUGCACCACUAGAGGAAGGAGAUCUGAUUGAGUUCCCUUGUGACCGCUUUCUGGACAGCAGUGGUGCUCGCAGAGACAGCGACAUGCAGAGGUUCUCUGACUAG